GAGUCCACUUCUAAAUAUGAGCACGAGACAGGCUGUACCCCAAACCGACCCCCAUCAGAAAUCGAGAAAGGGAUAUUAAACGAGACAGAGUGUGGUUUGAAUUCUCCUGCAGGGGUGCAGUAGUGUGCAACGUCACUUUGCAUACAGCUUGAGAGCUCAGUGUAAUGACAUUCUUGGUACCUGCAGCAAUUCAAAAAGCCCCAAUUAAACUAGCCCUAGAACAACAGAGAUCCUGUCACAUUGAAGCCGUAACGAGCUUGUUAAUAAUGUAUUGCUGAUGAAAUUGAGAAGGGAGUGCUGUUUGAAUCACUGGGAUGUGUUUCAAAUGCCAUUCAGUACAUGCAAGUGUUAUUUUUCAUGAAGGGCGGGACAAGAGGAGGGAAGACCAAAACGUUUUGCACUUUUAGUUUUUGAUACUCAAAGUAAAUUUUGCAGGAAACGGCAAUGUAGGAUUGCAGAGAGCGCUGGACGAUUCGAAAACGAAGAAGACAUUUCCCACCCUGUCGUUCUGCAUGGGUUAACAUCAACACAGGAAAUCAAAGGGUCAAAAUGUUCAAAUAAGUUACUAAACUAAGGUUAUUUGCACACUUCUAACUGUGGGAGCUUAUUUCAACAUGCAGUACUCCCCCUGCUGGUGAAAACGGCAUUGUCAUGCAGUGAUGAUCAGCUGUACUGCUUGGUCUGAUAAAUCUAUUGUAGAAAAUAAGGAACAUUGCCACUAAUCAGUUCACAUAUAUAAUAUUAGGUUAAUCCAUUCAGUCGUAUGUAUAGAAUUUUUUUUUUUUUUAUGGGACCCCCUGAGUAGAAGUGGAGAGGAGUACAGUUCCUGAAGAGUGAGCGAUAGCUGUUGAAUAAGUGAACAGUCAGAUUUAGUGUAUGUUAAUAAUGAUUGAGCUUUCUGGCUCUUCCUUUGCACCUGUGCAGACUGUUACAGCGAGACCGAACCCGAAGACGAGGACUCGAACUCCCCACGAGUCCCCAGACACAAGGCUUACACAAAACGGCAAAGUGACCAGGUGCACACGAUAUCAAAAGGCACAAAAGGGAAUGACGCCAGGAAUAAAGAAAAUAUACCCCAGAGUGGAGCAGCCACCUCAACACCAGAGAAGACCCAGACAGGGGUCAAGGAUGACAUGGACAAUCUGUACGAUCAGAUCAAAGAGGGAGGGGUCUCCCUCAUUGGCAGCCAGCAGCUGUCCACCAUGGAUCACUUCAGGAGAUCCUUCAUCAAGAGGAACAAGAACCCUGUGAUCAACGAGAAAGCGCUGAGACUGCGGGCACUCAAGAGCACGCUCAAAGCAAAAGAGGCGGAGCUUCACGUCAUCAACAAAAUCCUGGACAACCCAGAACUGACGUCGCAGAAAUACAGAGAGUGGAAAGUCAAAAACGAAGACCUCUGCAAUGAAAUUGCGAAACUGGCCAAGGCGAAGGCGUCGUUUCGAGGUGACCAGCCUGCCUCGCUGUGCAGCAGUGAAUCAGGCAUGGAUGAAGAGUUGCCAAGCCCAGCCACUGACUCUGAAUUCAUGGUGCCUGGGGUGGACAUUCUGGCGGGUUAUAGAAUAGGACAGGGAGAGUCGCUGGUGGAUGAUCAACUGCCAAGCCAAGGACUAGAGCGUUCCCCGCAAGCAGUGAUGCCUGUAGCGAAGCCACGGGACUCACUUGAAGAAACAGCUCACAGCAAUGCCACAGUAAGCAGUAGCCAUGCGACGGUCAGUGUCUCUUCAGAGGAUUAUUUCUUCAUAUAGGCAAUUCAGCCUAUAACAUUCACAGCAACUAACGUGGAGACUAAUGACUCUCCUGUUCACUGAGCCGGUUCCAUUUGAGUAAAUAUUUGGGGGAAAGAGAAAACGAAACAGUCUGCUGCGUGUUGGUAAAGUGUGGCUUUUACUACAAGCUUAGACUGAUUAAUUCUGUGGCAGCAUUUUCAAACAAUAAUACAAACUGUUUUAUAAGUAAACCGCUCAAAUUGAGGAGCUGAAUUGGGCUAAGCAAAGGCCACUAUUUUCAAAAUGUUUAUGUGUAGAUUUUGGAAGAGUUUAUAUAUCGUGUGUGUGUGUGUGUGUGUGUGUGUGUGUGUGUGUGUGUGUAUAUAUAUAUAUACACACAGAAACCACACAGUAGUAUUACCUCCUUAAGGAAGGAUUUUGCCUGGCUGGGUAUCAUGCUCAGCAUUAUGGGCUAGUUUCUCAAAGCCAUUUACACCAAAACAUCAUUACCAUGAUCCGAUAAACCACAACCAGUAGUGUGAUUCUGAUCAUUGUUUAGUUUUGUUGUUAAUAGCGUUUUUUUACUAUCAGACAAAUGAGGAGCCUCUGGUCAGUACACACUGACCACUGGCCAGUUUUCAGCUGGUUGUGCUGAUUCAAGAAACAAAAAAAACACCCUGUCAAUUUCAAAUCCCUUUGCUGUAAAUUGACAUUGCCUGUGUUAUAAAGCUGUGUCGGGGGUUUAUAUAUGUGAUGGCUAUCCAGUAAGAAGGCCUGUUCUUCAGUAGUGCUGGAAUUCUCAUCAGGAGUGCUGAAGGAGAGUUCAGAAUCCUGAAGGAAGAACACGUGGUGAGUCUCAGUCAUGCUCACCACAGUAGAGCGACACUGUGAUUAAAACAAACCAACCCAGAACGUGCCUCAACCAAAACACAACUGGAAUACGACUUAAUAUACUCUUCCUCCUCUCUGACAGUGUUAACGGGAGUGUUGAGUUACACUCUCAUUAAAUGCAGUAGAAGGGUUUGGUGUUACGAUGUGAUUGUGUUUGAAGUUAUUGGGACUGGUAAAUAAAUGCUGAGUUUCGUU